CAAAACUGAUUCCCCUUUUAUUUCAAAAUGUAAUGUAAUUUUCAUAGCUUCUUUCAUUCACAGCUACUCUCUCAUGGCCCCCAAAUUCAUCACUCGGACAAUAUCAAUGGCGGUUACACGAAACCACCUCUUCACUCCCAUUUACAGCUCUGCAAUUGCUUUACCUCGUAGGUAUUGUUCUUCUUCUUCUGAAACUAUAAACCCUAGCAAAAAUGAAGAUAAACCCAAGUCAUCAUCAUUAUCAUCAUCUUCCAAGAAUAAGAAGGGGAAAGCUACAGCAAUGUCAAGACUCAUAAACUCAAACCCAUGGUCAAGUGAGCUUGAAUCUUCUCUCUCUAAACUCUCUCCCUCUUUUUCCAAGACAACUGUUAUUCAAAUUCUCAAUCUUGUGAAAAACCCAUCUAAAGCUCUUCAAUUUUUCAAGUGGGUUCAACAAAAAGGUUUCUCUCAUACUGACCAUUCAUACUUUUUGAUGUUGGAAAUUUUGGGUAGUAGUCGAAAUUUGAAUGCUGCAAGGAAUUUUUUACUUUCAAUUGAGAAAAAGUCUAAUGGGUUUGUUAAGCUUGAAGAUCGUUUCUUUAAUAGCUUGAUUAGGAAUUAUGGCAGAGCUGGAUUGUUUCAGGAGUCUUUUAAGCUUUUCACUACUAUGAAAUCACUUGGUAUUUCUCCUUCUGUUGUUAGUUUUAACAAUCUCUUUUCGAUUUUGCUUAAACGUGGUAGAACUAAUUUGGCUAAGAAUUUGUUUGAUGAAAUGCUUAGCACUUAUGGUGUUACACCAGAUGCAUUUACUUUCAAUAUUUUGAUUAAUGGGUUCUGUAUGAACUCCAUGGUUGAUGAGGGUUUUCGGUUUUUCAAAGACAUGGCUCGGUUUCAAUGCGAACCGGAUGUCAUUACUUAUAAUACAUUGGUUGAUGGAUUGUGUAGAGCUGGGAAAGUCGAUAUUGCUCGAAAUGUAGUGAAGGGUAUGAGUAAGAAGAGUUUGGAUUUGAAUCCAAAUGUUAUUACUUAUACAACUUUGAUUAGGGGGUAUUGUAUGAAACGAGAGAUUGAUGAGGCUUUGGUUGUUUUGGAGGAAAUGACUAGUCAAGGGUUGAAACCGAAUAGAAUUACAUACAAUACUUUAAUCAAGGGCCUCGGUGAAGCGCAGAGGCUUGAUAAGAUAAAAGAGAUUUUGGAAAGAACAAUGAGAGAUGGUGAGUUUGUUCCCGAUACAUGUACGUUCAAUACAUUGAUGCACAAACAUUGCCAAGCGGGAAAUUUGGAUGAAGCCUUGAAGGUUUUUGGGAAGAUGUCGGAGUUAAAGGUUCUGCAAGAUUCAGCUACUUAUAGUGUUUUGAUUCGUAGUUUAUGUCAACGAGGGGAGUAUGAUAGAGCGGAGGAAUUGUUUGAUGAGUUAUCGGAGAAGGAAAUUUUGCUCGAUGAUGCUGGUUGUAAACCUCUUGCUGCUGCUUAUAACCUUGUGUUUGAGCAUUUAUGUAAAAAUGGUAAAACUAUAAAGGCCGAGGGAGUUUUUAGGCAGUUGAUGAGAAGAGGUACUCAAGAUCCGACAUCGUUUAAGAUUUUGAUUAUGGGGCAUUGUAAGGAAGGUACUUUUGAAGCUGGAUAUGAACUCUUAGUCUUGAUGUUAAGAAGAGAUUUUGUGCCUGACGCUGAGAUCUACGAAUCUUUAAUCAAUGGUCUCUUGCAGAAGGAUAAACCUAUUCUUGCAAAGCUUACUCUAGAAAAGAUGUUGAGGAGCUCCCAUUUCCCUAGAACAUCUGUUUUCCAUGCUAUACUUGCUGAGCUAAUUGAAAACCGAUGUGCUCGGGAUUCUGCUAGUUUUGUUAUGUUAAUGUUGGAGAGAAAAAUUAGACAAAAUAUCACUCUCUCAACGAAUCUUAUAUCACUGCUUUUUGGUAAUGGGCAAGGAGAUAAAGCAUUUGAGAUUUUAAAGUUGCUUUAUGAAAACGAUUACUCUGUUAAAAUCGAAGAGUUGGUCAGUUUACUUUGCCAGAAAAGUAAGUUGUUAGAGGCUUGCAAGGUAUUGAAAUUUAGUUUGCAGAAGGAUCAAAGUGUCGAUAUUGAAUUGUUUAAUAGUGUUCUUAGUGGCCUGAGUAAAGUAAAAAAGGCUAAGGAAGCCUUUAGUUUAUACUAUGAAUUGGUAGAGAAAGGAGUUCAGCAUCAGCAGUUGACUUGCUUAGAGGAUUUAAAAUCUGCUUUGGAGGUCUCGGGACAAUCAGCUGAAGCCGACUUUGUUUCGAAAAGGAUGCCAAGGUAGACGAGUCUCAGCUGUAUAUCUGCUUGGAAAAUUUUCUCUGCAAAUUUAAGGCCUCAAAUCAAAAUCAUAAUUUUUACUAAUGGAGCUCCUAAGCAAUAUCUUGAACGGACUAGGCACAUUCCUACACCAACUUAUGAGCAAAACUACAACUGUGAGCAUUAAGGAAUGGGAAUGGCCAGCGCUAGCCGAAGAUAUCACCCGCAUUGUCUGUCUCCUCUAGCAGUGACUAUACCUUUGCCAGCCACCCAGCUCGAUCGGGCUACUGAAUGAUGUUGGUCAGCCGCAUUAUGCUUUACUUUCUCGGUUGCUGCAGCGGUGUCGAUGGUCUUCGAGUUGCCAAGGACAUGGGACAUAGCCAAAAAACAACCCUGGAAGCCAAGUUUGGUUGUCCCAUCUCUAAAAGACAAUACAAAAAGGAAUAGUUUGAUGCAUCUAUAAUCUUUGCUGUUGGAUUAACAAUAUUACAUAUGUUUUUUGUUUGGAAAAAAAAAAGUAAUAAUUAAUGUUUUUUCCACAUAUAUUGAUGCAAUUGUCCAAGUAUAACAGAAACAAAUCGGAGCCAGGUUGCCAAGUUUUGAAUUUCUGUUUAUUUGGUUAAAAAGGACAAUGAUUAUUGGUCUUAUUAGUCUGUGUAUAUUAUAUAUAGAACAUUAUUAUUGAGCACCA